AUGGCAGAUACCACUCCUAAAGAGGUCCCUUGGCACGCGGCGUAUCCCGCCCCAAAGUCUGUUGUGGCAGCGUUACCCCGCCAUGAGCUUCUGCAAUGGUUCCGUGACGGGAAGAAGGCUGGAAAGGACUUUGUGCUUGUAGACGUGCGGCGUACCGAUUUUGAGGGUGGCACCAUUCGUGGCUCGAUCAAUCUGCCAGCACACAGUCUUUACCCGACGUUACCAGCAGUGUAUGCGCUUCUAUCGAGUAGUGGUGUGAAGCAUGUUAUCUGGUACUGCGGAUCUUGCAACGGACGAGGCCCGCGGUCGGCAAAUUGGUUUGCAGACUACUUGGCGCAAGAACAAGACACGACUAUGCAGAGCUUGAUUCUGGAAGGCGGAAUUAAAGGCUGGGCUGCAGCUGGGCCGGAGUACACUGAGUUGAUGGACGAAUAUGAUGCAAGUGUCUGGACUAAGAAGUGA